GAUUAUACGAUAUAUACUUUUAUUGAUACAAUAAGUAUCAAGAAAUUUUAUCUAUCAAUGAAAUAUGUUAUCGAGAAAUGAAAAUUAAUAUAUAUAUAUAUAUAUAUAUAUAUAUAUAUAUAUAUCAUUCCAAUGGAAUGAUCGAAGAAUAAGAUCGACGAUAUAUGUUUAUGUGAGUGUGUGUGUAUCUAUCUAAUUAUGUAAAAUCUCGAGUAUCGAAAAUGUUCAUUCUUAAAAUGUGAGAUAUCGUUAUCUCGAUAUUAAAAUAAAAAAAAAAGAAAGUAAAGGGAUAAAGUGAGAACAUCGAGCGAUGUUGAAAGUCAAGGAAGAUAUCACGCCAAUAAAAAAGAUAUUUUUUUUUAACCCAAAGUGUUCAAUACUGUGUCCUUCCCUUAUCGUAGAUCAAAUUGUAUAUUCUCCAUAGUUGGUAGGCAGAAUGCCUCAGGGAUUCUUCCAAGAACUCUCGUUCCAUACCGAAAUUAUGAUUCUAGGCACAGACGCGGCCUCGAGAGGUCGAAACUCGAUGGGCGUUUACUUCGACGCCUUCACCGUUAACGAAAACGAAAAUGCUGUAUCCUUCUUCCGUUCCACUUUUAUGUCGGAUGGACAAUUUAAAACAAAAACUUUCGAUCGGAUGAAGAUAUUUUUCGACUGAUCGACGAAAUCAAAAUAACGAGGAAGAAUUUCACGUAAAAUAAAUCGGAGUGAGAGGAAAGGAAGGAAGAGGAAGAAGAAUUAACGACCACGAUUAUUGGUGUUGAAGGAAAAUUUUGCGAGGAUUGAAUAUGAGCGCGACUCGAUUUCGCUGGAUCGUGCGGUGUCUCGUGUGAAGAAAAAAGAAAGAAACUCUCGUGUCAGUGUUUCGACAGAACUUUAUCGGGAAUUUCAAUAUUUCUGUGUGAGACUCCGAAGUGUUCCUACUUUCAUUUUCUCUUCCUCUUUCCCUCUCUCUCUCUCUCUCUCUCUCUUUCUCUCUCUUUCUGUCUCUCUCUAUCUCUCUCUCUUCCUCUUUCAAUCUAUCUAUUUAUCAAUCUAUCUUUUUCUCCGUGAAACGGAUCGACUUGAAUCAUCGACUACGUCCAAACAUGUUAAUCCCUACGUGCUCGUCGUAGGAUAGCCGAGAGCUCGAUCGUUCUCCCUCCGCAGUUCGUAAUGAUUUCUCGUGGCGUGGUGGGACGAUACCGGAAGUGAAGUCAGAAUGGCGGAACCAGACGUUCACUCAAUGGAAAGUUAGACUUCUUUCAGUACGCUCGAGAAGUGGUCACAUUGUUCUUCGAUCUGAGGAACCUUUCGGUUUUUAAGGGAAAACGCUUUAAUAAAACAGAAAAACGGCGCGAAAAGUGAUAAGGGGAAGCUCGCGUGCUUUCAAGCGAGUGCGAAGGAUUCGUUUGUAAGGAGAGUGAGAGUGGGGGGAGGAAGAGGAGAUCUGUACGUUCAUGAAACCACCCUUCAGAGAUGGUCAGCCAACACGCGAUGGCCACUACUGUUCGCAAAGUAAAGCAGGAGAAUCGUCUUAGGCGACAGAAUCAGAAUCAAGAUGAGGAGGGACCUUACAAGGCAAUACCACCACCGAAACCGGUGCCGAACAAUCAGAAAAAACAGAACGGACUACAGUGGGACGAUCGGCGGGCGGUAGCCUUAGCACAUCCGCAAGUACCAACUUCCGGUACAGAAAGAAGAGACGCGAAUCACGUUGGGACAGAGAUCCGAAAUUCCGGGCAAAUUCCUUUUGCACCGGAAUACAGGAUGCCACCGCUCUAUGGAGAGGAACAGAGUUCGAGUCAGGCUCAACAGGCGGCCAGUCUGCAGACUCACAGUAGCAAGUUUCCGAUAGAACGAGAGGUGGUCCUUUCAUCGGGAGACAAGAAUUCAAAGAUUCCGAUUCUUCACGAGUACAAACAGAGGACUGCCGGAAGAGUAGCGAUUGCACCGGAUGCUCCUAUCAAGCAGCAGGCUUGGGUACAAGAGGCGAAUCAAAUGCACGAGGUGAGGCAAGAAGCUCAAGCGAGGAACUAUCAAUCGCAAGAAUCUUCAUUAUCGACCACAAGCGGAGCAGUCGUAAGAUCGACAAAGAUAGACGAAGAGAAGUCCAAGCCUUUGUCAAGGACCUAUCACACGAUCAAGGACAUGAUAUCCAGUCGAUUUGGUCAGAAUCGCAAGGACGUCGAGCCAGAACCGGAAGCGAGUUUGAACAACGCCGCUGACGAGUUAAGGAAACCUAGUAAGAGUAUCGAGGAGGAAGAAGCGAAAAAGAAAGAAGCCAUUUACGGGAAACCUCGUGCUCAAGAGCCUCCUGUCAACAUGCAGCAAUAUCCUAAAAACGCUUACGGUCAAUACGGGCAUUCGUACAGUUACCAGAGCAAUCAACAAAACGUACCACUACCUGGUCAACUUCAGCCGAACUUACCGGGACAGAGCGCACAGCUUCACGUAACCCAUCACGCUCCAGUUAGUGGAGUACAGACGGUCCAUCAAACUCAACUACCUUCUUUCGGUCAAUCAACGCCAGGUGGUCAACAGGUGCAAAAUGUCGCCAGAGAUUACGUCGUUCAAGGGACGGUCGAAUUGACGAAUCAACAAUCACAUCAAGGACUUCAUUCGAAUCCUUCUCAGGGACAGGGCCAAAAUAGCACGGUGCAGAAACAACAGCAGCAGCAGCACGGAUUACCGAUGCAGCAACAACAGCAACAACAACAGCAACAACAACAACAACAACAACAACAACAGCCACAACAGCAACAACAACAACAACAACAACAACAACAACAAGUAGGAAAUACCAUGCAGCACAUGAGUCAACCGUACCAAAGCACCCAACAGUUAUUGCAUCAGAACCAAAAUCAUCACCAAAGUCCACGAUUCGCGCAACAGCACGCUCAGAAUAUGCACCAACGUCAGUUGAUUCAGCAAAUGCAUCAACAACAAAUGGCAGGACAACAGCAAGGCGGUGCGAGGAAUGCUCAACCACAACAACAACAGGCAUAUUUCUCGAACAGCGUAUCGUACCAACAGUAUCAGCAAGCUAGACAGGCUAUGUCCAGGUCGCAAAUCGAUCUACCAAGUACCUCUAGACAAACUCAAGAAUUAAGGAUAUCCAGUCAAGAGGUAUAUUAUCAUUAUGCUCAAGGGAGGCCUAGGUACGGUGUACCACAAGUCUACAUGAAGUCGGAAACCAAUCAAGAGGUAGAAUUCCAAAGGCGAAAUUCAGCAAAAGGAAUAGAGAAGGCAGCCUCUCAACCUCAGCUCUCUUACGAAGAGGAACGAGCUAUUAGCGAGGCAUCGAGAAAUCCGGUGGUCGAUGGGCUAAAAAAUCACACGAUGGAUCCAUUGGACAAGGAGAAAUACGAGAUAACCGUUGAAGAUCGAGGACAAAACGAGUUUGGUAGGAAUGGUUCCCAGAGAAAAGAGGAUUAUAGGCCGGAAACUAGUUUUGGUAUACAUAGGGACGAAAUGAUAAGAUCCUCGACGAGAGAUCAUGAACAUUCUGGGGUUAAUAUUAUUCAACAGGAGAGUCAAGAUUCGCCGGAGAAUAUAUCAGUUCAAAAGAGGAUCGAGGAGUUGCAGAGGAGAACCGAACACGAUAAUAAUCAUUCGAUAGUUGGUAAAAUAUCGAAGGAAUCCGACAUGGAGGCAACGAGGAUCGGAGCCAGUUCGAAAACUUUAGGGUUGGAUGUUUCGAAGAGACUAGAAGCUGGUUCCUCCUAUUCGGGAAAAGAUUCUGCCACGAAAUCUGACAGUCGAAAGGAUGAACUGGAACAGGGUAUCGCUCGGCUUAAGAUUCAAAAUCAAGGAUCUGGCUCGGAUUACGAUAAAGCCGGUCAGAGUUCAUCGAACGUCGAUUCUGGAAGGGGUUCUGCGGUUUAUUCCAGUGGAAGGCGACCACCUCCGGAGGAUCGAAAUUUGACACAAGCGCAAGACUCAGAGUGGGUCGAUAUAGUGGAAUCCGAAUUGAGAAGCAUUUUAGAACCAAGAGACGUUCCAGCAAUGGCACACUCGACUCUAUCCGAAAGUGUAUCGUCCGUGACACCGCCUUUACCGCCUCUGUCACCCCAUGAAAGCCCACGGACGCCAAGAAAUCGAUACUCGGCGAGCUUGCCUUAUGGUUCCAAGCCGAGUUACGGUGAUUAUGGCAAAGCAAUGGAGAAGAGAGGGUUCCUAAGCAGCUCAAAACAUCGCGGUGCUUCAACAUCGAAAAAGGAUUCGAAUAAAAAGUUCUCUCAUCUUUUUGACUGGGAAGUUGCUGAUCUGACGUCUACGACGACCGGACUCGAUUUGGACUCGAUGCUGGACCGCAGUGAUUCCGAUCUUAGUACCAACGACGCCAGAACGAUCAGGAAGCAAUUGGAGGGUCUGGAAAAUAUGUACAGUGAGGUAUUGAAACUGUUAGGUGGUAGCGUGAAGAAGAGACGAAAGACGAGAGGUCUGACCAGUUACGGUUCCGUUUCUUCAUUACCAACGUCAUCUGUAUCUUCUAGACCAGUCACGAGACAUCACGAUAAACGCAGAUCGCAUAUGAUCGACGAUCGUAUGAAAAAAGCCAAAGACAUCAAGAGUAUCAACAAAAGAUUUCAACUGUUGGAGUCUCACGUGGUGACGUUGGCACGUUCGGUGGCACAUCUCAGCUCGGAAAUGAGAACCCAGCACAUGAUGAUGCAGGAAAUGGAGAACAUAAGGGGGGAAAUCGCGGCACUUCGAACCCAAACGAGCAUGGCGAUGGUGAGAUCGCAGUCGCAGCCAUUGAUAAAGGACUCCGAAUUACCGGCUCUGUCCAAUCCAUCGAGGGUGAAAAAACUGACCAAGUUUUUCGGAACGGAACCACCCCUUAUCAGACUCUUCCUCAGGGAACUUGGGUAUGAGAAAUACGCGAGUGCCUUCGAGAAGGAGAAGGUCGGUAUGGUGGAGUUGCCCUACUUGAGCGAAGAGAGAUUACAAAAAAUGGGAAUACCCUUGGGACCAAGGCUGAGAAUCCUACAGGAGGCAAGGAUAUCCGUGUGCAAGGACGCUGUUUACGUCGUAUGAAACGAUACGUCCCCUUUUAUCGCUUCGUCGAUAAUGAGACCAAUUUUAUUAUAUGAUGUUAUUUCUUUUUCUCUCUCUCUCUCUCUCUUUCUCUCUCUUUUUCUCCCUUUCUCUUUUUCUUUAUUUUUUUUAUAUUCUCUUCUUCAUUCAAUCUGACAGGUUUUAAAGCGUACCAAAAUGUACAUAGGAUCAAACGCACGUUUGUGUGUGCCUCCGACUGAAAGGAUUAGCAUAUAGACUUUAAAUCGAACAAAACAUUUUUAUAUAAUAUUAUUCACUUU